UCCUGGAGGAACAUCCUCGCCUCCCGCUGCACCUCACCUGCCUGUCGCAGUGACCGACAGCAUUAAGGUAGAAUGGACCGAACCUUCUGGUCCCCCCUGCAGCUCUGGAAAUGGACCCGACAUUAGUGCAAACCGAUGAUGACGAUGAGGUCCAUCGGAGGGGAUGGGGCCAGUUUUCUGUGAUGAGGACGCCGCAGCGCCCCCUGCGGGAGCUGCUUCACCACCGCCCCAGCCCUGCUGCACUCCUCUGCCUCUGGAUGAUGGACGGAGAGCCCUUCUCCUCAGCUCUCUCCUCUCUGCUGUACUCUGCUGGGGGACACGUUGUGGCCCUCUUCUCCUCUUCCUCUUCCUCGUCCUCGUCUUCAGCCUCCUCCUCAUCUGACUCUGCCAUCACUGCCAUGUCCCUGGAGCAGAAGACAACGUUUGCCUUGGUCAUCCUCCUCUUCGUCUUCCUCCUCAUCCUCAUCGUACGGUGUUUCCGUAUCCUGCUGGACCCUUACCGGAGCAUGCCCACCUCCACCUGGGCCGACGGCCUGGACGGGCUGGAGAAGGGCCAGUUCGACAACACGCUGGCCUGAGGUGGCAUCCACACGGGUGUAAGAAGCACAAGCCUUUCCCAUGCUGCUCCCUUCAUGUGAUGAUGCUGCUGAUUUGCUUUCACUUGCACAACCUGCACAAACGUGGCUGUAUUUUAUUGACAUUUUAAACUCCUUGGAUCAACUCACAGUUGCAGAAUACUGUCAGCAUGUUUACUCUGCUAAGUAAAAUCUUACGAAGCAAACUGUUUUGAUACAGCCUCUUAAUGAUUUAGUGGUUAGUUUAGACAAUCCAGCAGUUCAUUUGCUCAGAAUCUGGUCAGAUCAGCCGUCCGCUGCAAAUAAAGUUGUUCACAUUAUGAGCCAACAUGAAUAAAUGAAUCAAGA